AUGUUGAAGUAUGAAGCAUCUGAGGAGGAUGGUGAUCGUACCAUUUCCAUUGAUGAAAGAAGCGAAACCUCCUACUCCGACACCCCUGACAACGAGCAGCCUCCUUCCACCCCCCUAGCCCCAGGUGUCCCAACCCUCCGAAGCGAGCGCGCCCAAGCCCAAGAAUGCAAGGCUCUAGUCGACGAGUUCGUCGCAGUACUCCGCUCUCGGCUCCCGACCCUCCCGCCGCCCAUCCAUCACCACAUGCCGCACGCCGUGUACAACCUGCGCUGCAAACGCCCCGAAUUCAUGAUUAUGCUGUUUAUGCAGGCCCGAUUCCGGGACGCCGCGAGCCCGGACCCGCUCGACGACGAGCUCUGGGACUCCGUAAAGGUGGUAGCGGCCGAGGGCGUCUCGGACGAGAUGCAGGAUCUGCCUUGCCGCCGGUUCGCGGUUCGGUUCGUGCGCUUGCGCUGGGCGCGUCAGGAUAUACGUGAUGCCGUGAGUGACGAGGAGUAUUGGACUUCGUAAAGAAUAUAUGAUAGGAGGGGAGAGGGCGUGAGAGGUUAGGUGAGAUGAGAUGAGAUGAGAGAGAGAGAGAGUUGAAGAAAAAAGGUUAGUAGUAC